GAGGCCUGUAGUCUCACAGGAUGGUUAUAAUGCCAUACCCGGGAGUCGCUCGAGCAUUAAAGUGUGGCUGUAUCAUGGCCACGCGAGGUUUCUCUGCGCUAAGGCCCCAUCAGUCGGGGUUGGAACACUAGCAGUGCCUUUUACCGAUGUUGGGCAAGGAACGACUACAUAAGGGCAAUCUCCGCACUGGAAAAUGAAUAACCCGUUGAAUUUGAUAGCCUUCGUUUGGCCCAAGCACAUCCUCCAUACGAGAGGCGAGGAUAUUCAAGGAUCCAAUUGAGUUGUCGGGUCUUUGAAAUGAUGGGGAGACUCUUGAUACCUAAAGUCCCUGCGGCAUGGCAGGUACUCUCCUGGGUGAUACUGCUCUCGCUGCCGGGGAGCCUUGGUCAGACAACAACGUCGUUGAAUACUUCUAUUCAAGACAGUCCACAUUUUAUGGGAUGGUAUCUUGGAACGACCACCCAAGCCCUAACUGAUGCGGGCACAUGGUCGACCUCCGGACAAUAUGCAGCCGGCUGCACUGCUUCUGUCACCUGUUCCUGGGCCACCGCAUGUAGUGGGAACAUACUUUACUACAAUGUCGACAAUAAAACCUUGGACUGUGGUUCCGAGUCCAUGUCAUGCCAAACCAUGACCAUCUAUCAAUCCGAGCCCUACGCCACCCCAUCCGCAUACAACCUCUUCUGCGCUGACUUUUGGUCUGCCUACACAAUCUAUCGAGAGCUGCCCGCUACGACAACCUCAACCACAUCAGCAACCUCAGAUUCAACAACCAGUGCAACAACCGCCCCAAUCACCUCUAUGGCCACAAAAACCGCUUCUGGGACCCAAACAUCGACCGCUUCACCGUCUUCAACAUCCACCUCUUCUUCCGGGAAGAGCCAAGCGUGGAUUGCGGGUCCCGUAAUCGGCGCGGUAGCAGGCGUUCUUGCUAUUGCAGCCGUGGUGAUCUUCUUCCUACGCCGUCGAAUGACCCGACACCCUCAGGCCAUGGAUUACCAAAGUGUCUCCCCGAGCGCGCGGACAGUUUCCGAGCUGCCUACAGAAAGCCUUACGGGAAUGGUGCACGAAAUGCCCUCUUCAUCCGCAUCCCGGGUGGGGCCAUACGAGCUGAGUUGAAACCGGGAUAAUAACAAGGAUUACUAUAGCAAUAAUAGGAAUUGUAAUGAUAAUAAUGAGAC